GCCACACUUUGUUCCUGCACUGAACACUGACUCAUCAUCGCGGAGAGGAACUACUAGAGUUUCACUUUGUCUGGACACAUGAGAAGCAUUUUUAGUUUUACUUUAAAAACACCUUUAUUUUGUUGUUCGAACUCUCAAAGGAACGACGGCUUUAAUGUGCACGGUUAAACUCCUGACGCAUGGUUUUAUUUGCAAAGGCAGCAAAACCUGGAGUGUGAGCUCACAACAGGUCAUAAAGUCUAUUUGAACAGACAUUAUUCUUAUGUAACUUCACCUCUAACGUUGUCAGAGCACGAAUGCAGGAGAAAGAAAGUGGGAAUUAGUCGAUGCUGAUCUCCCUGCGUUAGCAUCUGUGAGGGACAGACGACACCCCCCCGACCCGACAUGAUGGCUUCCAGCGACGUAGACGUCCGAGGUGAAGGUUCAUUGUUCUCAGACCACAAUCCGUCAGAAAUGGAUGCUCUGUGUCCGUCUCCUCCUUCUGGACCAUCCAGACCCCAGCGUCACUACGAGAGGAUCGGAGGAAGGACGGGAACCUCUUUUUGUCAGACUCUUAUCCACCUGUUGAAGGGGAACAUUGGGACGGGGCUGCUGGGUUUGCCUCUGGCGGUGAAGAACGCAGGGCUGGUGCUUGGACCGGUCAGUCUCCUGGUGAUGGGUGUCAUUGCAGUCCACUGCAUGAGCCUCCUGGUGAAAUGUUCCCACCACCUCAGUGCAAAGAUGGACAGGCCUUCUCUGACGUACGGCGAAGCGAUGCAGUAUGGGAUGGAGAAUGUGUCGUGGCUAAGGAGACACUCGCGGUGGGGAAAGCAGACGGUGAACUUGUUCCUCAUCAUCACCCAGCUCGGCUUCUGCUGCGUCUACUUUGUCUUCCUUAGCGACAACGUCAAACAGGUGGUAGAAGCAGCCAACUCCACCACCUUCAGCUGCCAAAUAAACAACACCAACCAGACCCAGAUCCUGGUUCGGAGCUUCGACUCCCGCAUCUACAUGCUCUUCUUCCUGCCCUUCGUCAUCCUCCUGGUCUUCACCCCCAACCUGAAGUACCUGGCUCCCUUCUCUCUGGUGGCGAACCUGGUCAUGACGGCUAGUUUGAUCCUCAUCUACUUCUACUCGCUCACGAACAUCCCAUACCCCAUCGACCUACCGAAAGUGGGCAGAGCUAAAGACUACCCUCUCUUCUUUGGGACGGCCAUCUUUGCCUUUGAAGGGAUCGGAGUGGUCCUUCCUCUGGAGAAUAAGAUGCAGAGGCCUCAGAAGUUCUCCCUGGUCCUGUAUCUGGGGAUGGGCAUCGUCACCUUCCUCUACAUCAGCCUCGGCACUAUCGGUUAUAUGUGCUUUGGAGAGCACAUAGAUGGGAGCAUCACUCUCAAUCUGCCAAACUGCUGGACGUAUCAGGCUGUGAAGCUGCUCUACUGCUUCGGUAUAUUCAUCACCUUCGCGCUGCAGUUCUACGUCCCGGCCGAGAUCCUCAUACCAUCGGUGGUGGCUCGCGUGCCGGAGAGAUGGGAGACGCCGGUGGACCUGCUGCUGCGUACCGUCCUCGUCAUCUUCACCUGCAUCCUCGCCGUCCUCAUCCCGGAGCUGGACCUCGUCAUCUCGUUGGUCGGUUCGAUCAGCAGCAGCUUCCUGGCGCUGAUUUUCCCGCCGGUCCUCGAGCUCCUGGCGUUCCACACGGAAGGCCUGUCGCCGAUGGUGACCAUCAAGAACGUGGUCAUCAGCCUGGUGGGACUCAUCGGCUUCGUCACGGGAACCUACAUCGCCAUCGUGGAAAUCAUCGCACGUAACGCACAAAAACACGAAGAGACGUUCUCCUCCUACAUGGUCCAGUGAUGAGAGGGAAGUGACUUUUGGCCCGUUUUGAAACCAUUUUAGGGCACAUUUAUUAUUUUAUCUUUAAUUUGCUGCUGUUGGACGUUUUUAGAAAGAAUCAACGGCACAGUCGCGCAGUGUGAAGCUGCAUAAUGUGCGUUGGUACAGUUACGUUUCAUCCAGUUCAUCCAUUCAGUGCAAUCUAACAAGAACCUAUUUAACAGAGAAAUGAAUGAAUAAUUUCUUCAUGUAGGAGAUUAGAGAAUUUUAGAGGUAAUUUAUCAUUUUAAUCGGCUGAAUAUGUUCAUGUGGUAAAUGUUUCCGUCAGAAACUACCUCAGUAAUUAGUUUCAGUUUUAGACGCCGUCGCUAAACUUCAUCCAAAACAACUUCUCAUUCAAAGCUUUGAGUAGUUUAACCACAACUUGUUUAGAAAAGGAAGAAAAAGAAAAAUUUGUUGCACUUUGAUUUGCCUUAUUGAGUAAGACAGCACCUGGAGUUUCAGAAGAGAGGAAAAAUCAAACUUUAGUUUUUAUUUAACAAUGUGUUUGGGUAUGAAAGUACUAAUAAUAAGUAACAAAUAAUUAAGAAAAUUGUGCUUUUCAGUUUCUCCUCUUAACGAAUCUGUCCGUCCAUCACGUAUAAUUUUAAUAUUUUCCCAAAACUAUGUGUAAUUUCAGACAGGAUUCAUUCUGAAAGUACGUUGUUAAAACACUUCACUCAGUUUUUCAAGUAAUUAUGAGUUAAAUUAAAUGUGGACCAAGACUUAUCUGGAGGAAAACCGAAGGAUUUUCUGAGACCUGUGAACAAGGAAAUGCUUUUGAAACCAAUCACAGCUGGAGUUACACAGCUGUACGUUUGUGGCGCCAAUAUUGCCGACAAUUCGUGAUCCAAUUUGUUCACAGGAAAUUGAGACAAAGUUGCCUCGACUACAGUUUUGCAUGAAAAAAAUGAUUUGAAAUAAUCAAAUUACUCUACAAGUAACUUGCCCUUUUUCAGUUUUUUGGGGGAAUAAACCAUGAGCUGGAUAAAUGAGACACUUCCAAGUGUUACUGCAUCGUUAGCCUAAACAAGCUAACGUUAGUUAAUGGAAAAUGACCAGAUGUGGACGUUUGACGCCUUUCCUUUUAAACUCUGGUCCUCUUUAGCAUUAUUUAUCGAAUGGUUUACGUAAAAUAGAAAAACGUGAGCCACAAAUUUGAGCCAUGGAUAAGAUAAGAUACGAUAAGAUCCCAGACUGAUCAGCACAAUCGAUGACAUCCUGAAUGAUACCCGGCUCGACCUCACAGUAGAUUUGCCAUAAACCAAAACGUUAAAGAAAAUCUCAGUUGCUGUUCUUGUAGGAACUCUUCUGUGUUAACACCUCGUCUUUAAAGAAAAAAAAGGCUUAUUUUUUAAUUCUACUGUCUUUUUUUUAAUUUUAUUUGAUGUGUGUUUUAUGUUGAUGAUGUAUUAUACUGAAUUAAUAGAUUUUUUUUAUUCAUACAGCAUGCAUUUUUAAGAACAACUAACUUUAAAAGUUACGUUAAAUCACAGAGAGGCUUGUAAGAUAACGCUACGUGUAUGUAAUAUAUAUAUAUAACACAAUACUAGAGGUUUUAAUCAACCAGCUGUAGCUGUUAUAAGAUUCAUUAAGUUCGACAUGUACUGUAAGUUUACUGUAAAGCUUCCGUCCUGUCGUAUGUUUUCAGUAUUUAUGUGGCAGUAUAAAACAGACUUUUAUUUUGGAAAUAAGUUAACAAAAAGAGAUAAAUCUAUGGGCCUUACGUGUGAAGAUUUGAGGUUGUUUCCUGUGUGUAUAUAUAUAAAUAUAUAUGUAUAGAGAUUAACAUCAUUUCUUCUUCCACACGGUUCGAUCAAUGUGCUAAUGUGCUCCAGAUAAUCAGCUUUAAGUCGUCAUUAGUCAACCAAUCAGUUGUGUAGCUUAGCAGAAGUUUCAGAUUAAAAUUGUCGGACGCUCAGAUUAGACCGUCUGGAACCUUCACACGUUUAUUUGCUCAGCAACUUGAAACCUGUUUUCAUUUCAGCACUCUUUCAUUUCUUUAUAACUUUCUCAGAAUAAAUAACAUUUAAAGUACAAA